GCGCCUUUCCGCCAGCUCUGGCUAUUGGUCCGAAAUCAAAGUCCGAAGGCACUAAAGUCAAAAGAUUAAUGUGGCACUAAUGAAAAAGCAUCUGCAAUCAACGAAUGCAUUAGUAGUAGUAGUACUAUAUAUAAAGGUCCCACGGCGGAGCGCCUAUUUCCACCAAAUCUUCGUCCUCUUUCCGCAUCAUGUCGAGAGCUCCUCCUUCCCCACCUUCCCCACACCCACAGCCGCCGCAGAUGGAGGUCGACCCCUCGGGCUGCGGCUGCGGCUGCGGCGAGGAGUCCGAUCGCAUCAGACAACUCAUUCCGUUCGAGUCGCCGCCACGGGAGCUUUAUUGGCAGAUGCAGUACUUCUUUGGGUACAUGCCUCCGAGUCCGCGGAUGAUGCCGCGCUCACCUCCAUCACAACCUCUUGUGCAGCCGCAGCAGCCAGGCCCCAUGGAUAUCGAUCCCCCCGCCGACGGUGGGGACGUCCCGUGGAGUGAAAUGCAACCUUCACUCCCGUCGCCGCCACCUAUGUCCGGUCCCUGUUUCUCGUGGUCUUCGCUACAGUUUUCUGAGUACUGCAAUCCUUGUAGCCCACAGACGCAGUCGCCGGUGUGGUCGGUGACUCUCUGGAAUUUUGAUGAGACAAUAUCGCCUCCACAGAUAGACCCCUGCUCCACACAGAUCGAUCAUGCCGCUCCGGCACCAGUGGCGAGGUCCAUCAGAUUGGUGUCAAUGGUAUGGCAGCACUUCACAAAGGAUAAGGAUGGAGGGGCGGCAUAUUGCAACUAUUGCAGCCAAGGCUUCAAAAUUCGUGGCACUUCUCAUCUGCGGAGACAUCUUCGUGCCCACUAUUGUUUGGAGAAGAAACUGAACAUAGAAUGCAGAUAUUCUGCUGCAUCGAAGAUAGUGGAUAAUAUUCUUGGGACUGGGAUGAAGAGCCAAAGGAAACAGAUGCCCAGCAGUCAGGAAGUAGGCAUCUUAAAUCGCCUUUGGCGCUUGACAGAAGAAAAAUGCCUCCUAAUAGGAUGCGAAAACCAGCAGCAAGUAUAUAUGAUGUUGAACAAAAAAUUUCUGUAGAGACAACCGAAGUGCUGGAUCCUUGGCCCAGAAUACUGGAUAAGCCAAUGAACUGGAAUGAGCAGACCUCGGGAAGAAGGCAUCCUAGGGUAGGACUGGAAAAUAAAAAGGCUGCGGCAACCAUGGAUGCUGUUCAACAAGGUUUAUCUCAAGUGCAGUCCAAUGCAGAAACAUCAACAGGAAAAUCACAAGUAGCAAGCAUAGAUGCUCUUCCACACGGUUUCUCUCAAGAGCCGACCAAUGCAGAAACAACAAGAGGAAAAUCACAAGUAGCAAGCAUAGAUGCUCUUCCACACGGUUUCUCUAAGAGCCGACCAAUGCAGAAACAUCAAGAGAAAAA